GGCCCCUUUUGUUCAUCAAAAUCCCUAAAACCUCUUUACCUGCAAUCCGAUUUCAAUCUCGCUCGUUAUCUUCUCGAUCUCGGUUGGCGGUGCACGCGACGGAGCUUGCAAGAGUGACGAUGACUGGAGAAUCAGAAGUGACCGACGGCUUGAUAAGUCGAGGUAGUGACAGCAACGCAUCGCAGAGAAGGACAACAGAAGCUCCUCAAUUAGCGUCGGUGUUGAAAGAGAUGAAGGCUGGCCUAGACGUAGUCAGGAGCAAAGUGGAAGCUCUAACUGCAAAGGUGAAAGCAAAUAAUUAUCCCACAGCGGAUGGGAUUAGCUAUCUUGAGGCUAAGCAUCUGUUGCUUCUAAGCUAUUGCCAGUGUCUUGUUUAUUAUUUGCUGAGGAAGGCGCGAGGCUUUUCUAUUGAGGGCCAUCCUGUUGUACGAAGCCUUGUAGAGAUUCGGUUAUUUCUCGAAAAGAUUCGUCCGAUAGACAAGAAACUGCAAUACCAGAUUCAGAAGCUCACGAGAGCUGCUGGGUCUGUCUCGGAGCAAGCUCGUCCUGAGGAAAAGGAAUCAGAUGCAACUCAGAAGUCUGAGGAUCUCUCAAAGUACCGGCCGAACCCUGACAUGCUUGUUAGCAAAGCUGAGGCGGCACCAGAGGACGGUGUAUACAGACCCCCGAAAUUUGCACCUAUGUCUAUGGACGAUGACAGGACAACAAAACAGGAAAGGAAUGCUGCGAGAAAGGAGAAACACCUUCUGAGGCAAGCGACAGAAGACACAUACAUGAAAGAAGUGAUUGACGAGCUUGAGGAUCGACCUGAAGAGAUAAGAGACUUUGUUGGGGCUGAGAGCAAGGAACUAAAGAAGUUCAGAGCACAAUGGGAAAAACGAGAAGAGGUGGAAGAGGAGCUCUUUGCCCGUGCCCCGCGAACAAGGGAGGAGAAGAAGAGAGAGAAGCAUUUAAAGAAAUCACGCAAUGGGUUGCUCGGUCUGACUGAAAAUUUCUACGACGAGAUCAAGUUCUUGCCCGUCGAGGAUAAGGAGGAACAGCCAACGAGCUUUGGUGAUAGGAGCGUUAAAAUGGGAAGAAAGCUCAAGAAAAGAAAGAUGAGGCAUUGAGACUGAUACAUCAUUACAUGAGCCCGGGCGCUGCAUUUCACCAAUUUUGUUGCUUAGAGAAAACCCAAAAUUCAUGUUCAAGUUUUUGUUCUUUCGUGUUGGUCUGGAUUUCAAAUUCAAAUGAAAUAUUUGUCGGAUUCA